AAAAGAUUAACGGGACAUGUCAGUCUAGUGGGCAUAACGCGAGCACUGUAAGCAGAGGUUGGCGGGCUUAUUUGCGUCGCGGCUUCUGAGGAGGGCAAAGCCAAGCGCUCGUCAUUUGUCUGUCGUGACAGAAGUGAGAAAUUAUCUGUCUGCUGAAGAAGGAUGGAGGGAAACAAAAGAACUAUGAGGGAAACGAUGCGCCCUGAGGAAAGACAUCAUCAAAGAGUUUUUGGCGGAAUUUCUGGGAACGUUCGUCUUAAUAUUGUUUGGCUGUGGCUCGGUGGCCCAGACGGUGUUGAGUCGGGGGGCGCUGGGGGAGCCCCUCACCAUCCACAUCGGCUUCACUCUCGGGGUCAUGCUGGCCGUCUACAUGGCCGGGGGAGUGUCAGGGGGCCACGUGAACCCCGCGGUGUCGUUGGCGAUGGUGGUGCUGGGGAAGUUGCCCAUUAAGAAGUUCCCCGUCUACGUAGCAGCUCAGUUCCUGGGGGCCUUUGCCGGGUCCUGUGCCGUCUUUGGCCUCUACUACGACGCCUUCAUGGACUACACGGGCGGAGUGUUGACCGUCACCGGAGAGAACGCCACCGCCAACAUCUUCGCCUCGUACCCCGCCAAGCACCUGUCCGUCCUCAACGGCUUCGUGGACCAGGUGAUUGGCGCUGCAGCUCUGAUUCUGUGCAUCCUGGCGAUCACGGAUAAGAGGAACAUGGGCGCCCCUAAGGGCAUGGAGCCGCUGGCCGUGGGGCUGACCAUCCUGGCCAUCGGCGUGUCCAUGGGCCUCAACUGCGGCUAUCCCAUCAACCCCGCCCGCGACCUGGCCCCCCGACUCUUCACCUUCGUGGCCGGCUGGGGCUUCGAGGUGUUCAGUGCUGGGAACUGCUGGUUCUGGAUCCCUGUGGCGGGCCCUCUGGUGGGGGGCGUGGUCGGCGCCACCAUCUACUUCCUGUUCAUCGAGCUGCACCACCCCGAACCCCAGAGACUAGCGCAGGACGACAACAACGUCAGGGAUAAAUACGAGAUCGUCACCAUGAGCUAAACACACACACACACACACACACACACACACACACACACACACACACACACACACACACACACACACACACAC